ACUUGGGAAUAAUUUCCACAGCUGUCUCUUGAAGGUCAUUACUGCCAGAAAUGGAACAUGAAGUUGACGGUCUGUUUUGGAGACACAAAGGUCGUGGUUCCUUGUGGUUUAGGGAACUUAACAGUUAGAGACUUGACUCUCAGUGGUUUGAGGAGAGUUAGACAUACUUUACCGAAGCUCGGACCACAGGAUCGUAUUGUCGUCCACAGCAUCAAUGUUGCUAGAGAUGGUGGUAUGCUUGAUUGGGAUGAUUUGGUCUGCGAUGUAGUAGACGACCGUGAAAUGGUUACUGCUCACUUUUCGAUUGCCACUUUAUCAAACAAUGUCAAGGAUUCUUGUCCAAAUCGACCCUCAACUGGUCUUGAUUCGAUAUUUCAAUCACUUUCAACACCCCUAGUUGUCGAUUUAUGUUCUGAUAUUGCCCUCGAGCCUUCAUUUCAUAGCCCCAUCCAGUCUAGCGGGGCUAGUGAAUUUAGAGAUAGUGGGUUGAAUCUCGCACCUCCUUGCGGAAUCGGAUUAAUACAAACCGAUAUCAAUGGUCAUAUCGCAAACAGGCUUCUGCGUAUCGGAGAUGGAAGUACAAGCAGUAGUAACUUAAGCUUAAAUCUAAGUAAUGAUAGCUGUGGAUUGCAUCAACCAAACGGAGCGCAUACAUCUCAGUUCCCUGGUGAUAUCCACGAAUGGUUUCUGAAUGAGUCUUCCCAUGACUCCAAUGUAGCGCUACAUCCCAACACUAAAGUUAAUUGUGUUUCAGUAAUAUCCUCUUCCGACAAUAAUAAGAAAUGUUUUACAACCUCUCCAGCUUCUCAGUCACCACCUACUUGCUUCAAUACAGCAUCAAGUACAUGUGAACAAAUGAAAAGCUCUCCUGUUUCGUGCAAUAAAUCCUGUUUGAAUAGUAUCACCGUAAAUGAUACAGCGAAGCACUGUCAAAGAACACUUUCACCAAAUGUCUUUGAAAUGCUCUCAAAUGUCUUAUCUCGCCGUCGUGAUCUUAUCGAGUCUGGUUGGGAUUCUGAUGAUGAAGAUGAAGAUGUAUUUGAUCCCGACGGAGGUUAUUCAUACGAUUGCCAAGUAGGUAAACAACAGAAUGAAUUAGUGUCACUACCCAACGGUGAUACUACCCUUCACUUAGAUACCAUGAACAAUAAUUCAGAUAUAAUACCUAACUCUUUAUCUGGAAGAAACCACUGUUGUUUAGAUGUCACAGAAAGUAAUAGUCACCAUGAAAAUAUUAACGAUAACUUUCCGACCGUAAGAUAUAUUUCGGUGACAAGCGGGACUUGUGAUAGACCAAGUAAUCACCCUGUUAUAUCCAAUGCAGAUAUUUGGCCUCUCCCACCUCCACCUUUUUCUGCUUCCGAUGUCCCACACGUUAAUAUUCCUACUAAUCUCCCGUUCAGAGUACAUUCUCCAGAAGACGAAUGUCAUAUAGGUAUAAAUACUGAACGACUGAUACGUGCAGUUCAAAGUCAUAAUUCAUUUUCAAAUUCGAAUGGUCCCGACCGAUUCUGCACAACUUCAGACAUAGAACCUAAUUCAUUAGUCAACCAAUCAGAACUCCAAAAUCCCCUCAGUUAUUCCCAGCCUAAUUCGGUCACGCAGUAUGACAAUUCUAUUCGACAACAAAAUGUGCAACAUUUAUCGAAUACUCAUAUAGCAGAAAAUAAUAUGGUUAGUAAUUCAUUACAUCAGUCAGGACCGGACCAUGUACAGUCUCAAUACUCACACACAUGUAAUGUCAACUCAACAAAAUCCCUUGUCAUAACAAGUCGUCCUGUUGGCGGUCUGUCCUGUUCUCGAACAACAACACGUUUAGGAAUAGCAUUUCAAAGCAACUUAACUGUUCCAACUAUAGUUGAAGAAGAAGAAGAAUAUUCGGUAGAUUCUGAAAGACGACUUCCGAAUUUGCCAGAAAAUGAAACAGAACACCAAUUUAUCGACAUGUUAAGAUCCAGAACUAAUUCUCUACUUAAUAAUAAUCAUAUUGAUAUUAAUGAAACAAAUGAAGAAGACUAUCCACUUCUACGUAAAGAUUAUGUUAUUGAAAAAGAUCAAACAUCUGUCCAAAAAUGCGGUGUACUACACGUGAAUACAAUUAAUAAUGAUAAAUGUAAUCCUAGUUCAAAUGAAUUACACUUGUCUAAUGUUCAGUUGCAUUCAAAUGAUAAUCCAUUAAUAACAAAUAAUCAUUCUAUUCGUGGUCUACCUAAACCAGAUGUAAUUCGUUGGCUUGAAAAUACCCGUGAUGCUACCAUGAGCAAUAAUUGUCAAGUUGUAAGUCAAUCUAGUUUAUCACAUCUUUCAUCAUCUGCAUCAUUAAAUCAAUCGGAUUGCAAUACAGAUGAUCACCGACCAAUUGAUGCAGUACCUGAGAAAAUAUCUUCGAAUAUCGUUGAAUCCCCUUCAGUAAAUAAAUCUCAGGAAUCAAUAAAUAGUAAAGACUCAAUAGUGACAAUUCGUCUGAUAAAUACUAAACGUGGUGAAAAUUUAGGCAUACAAAUUAAACCUGUCUUUUCGGAUACCUUUAACUCUAGUAAUGAUAAUUGUUCAGAUAACAAUGGCGGAUCGAGAAUUGAAUGUGGUCUUGAAGUUCAUUGUAUUUUACCGAACGGGCGUGUAGCACGUGAACAAUGUUUAUCUGUUGGAGAUCGGAUUCUAAGUAUUAAUGGAAUUUCAUUAAGCGGUAUACCAUUUGAAAAGGGGCGUGAUAUAUUUCAAGAGGCAUUAAAUGAACCAGAAAUAAUACUUCGUGUACUUCCUCAUUCAGCCUACCAAUACAGUUCUUCACUAUCUAUACAAAAUAUUGAUAAAAUAAAAGCGACAGCUACAGAGAAAUCAGAAAAACCUUCAUGUGGUCUAAUUGUUAUUGUAUCCGAUCCAUUGUCUAAAGCUAAAGAAGCUGAAAUAAAAUCGAAUACAAAUCAAUUAAAACCUAUACCACCACCACCACCUCGUCGUUCUCCCAACACUGUAUUAACUCGUAUUCCAGAAGGAAUUAUUAAACCAUUAAUUGAUGAAUUUUUACAAGAGAAAAAACAACAAGAAAAUAAUAAUAACCAAUUACCAUCAUCACAAGAAUUAACAAAAUCUGUUGUCAAUACACAAACAAAUACUGUUAAUAAUAAUAAUAAUAGUGAUGAUUUACACACAUCUACUUAUCAUACAAUUCAUUUAUGCAAAGGUUCUAAUGGAUUGGGAUUUAGUCUAACUAGUCGUGAUUCAUUAACAUCAUCGGGUCAAAAAGUUAUCUGUGUGAAAAAUAUACUACCUGGUGGAGCAGCUCUAAUCGAUGGUCAAUUAAAACCUGGUGAUCUUCUAGUGAAGGUUGAUAAUAUUAAUGUAAAUGAAAUUGGUCAAGCACAAACUGUUGCAUUAUUACGAAGUAAACCUGUAAAUACCCUUGUUACUUUAGUUGUCAAACGAUCAAGAAAUAAUUCUCAUAAUGAAGAUAUCAAUAAUAAUAACAAUAAUAAUGAUAAUAGCAAUAAUACUAAUAAUGAUAAUAAUCUUGAUCAAGCAUGUCUACCUGAUUUGAAAACUAUGCAACCAUCUGUUAUGUGUACAAUAGCAUCAAGUUGUUGCAUAAAUACUGUAAAUGAACAACCAACAAAAUCAAUAUUAUCUACAAUACCCCCAUUAUCAUCAACAUUACAACCAAUAACACAACAACAACAACAUAAUAAAACAGUGAUUGUGGAACAACCAUCUAGUCAUGAUAUAAAAAUACCUGAUAAGCUAUCCGAAUGGAACUGUUGUUCAUCCGAAACCUCUCAAAAAUUUCAUCCCCUCCCACCCUCACAUCCUUCAUAUAAGCUUCAUGAAAUUGAUUCAUCUCACUGGUCACUUUAUUUAUUGAAUAUACAUUUACCUUUGACUAAAACCAAUGAAUCCGAUAAAAUUACAACAAUACGACAAGAUACAGAUUCUACUAUACAUCAAUCAACAAUUAAACGACAUACAGGUAAUCCUGCUACCUUAGGUGUAAGUGUAUCAGUAAGACGUUUGUCAAAUAAUUCAUGUGUUAAUCACAGUGAUGCCCUUGGUGGUGGACUCAGUAGUUCUACUACUAAUGCUACUGCUAACGAAAAACAUUCAAGUGUACAAAUUGAUAAAACUAAUGAUUCACAAUGGAAUGCUGUCUUUGUAAGAACUGUAAUUGAUGGUGGUCCUGCUUAUCAAGAUGGACGUUUACAAGUUGGUGAUCGUUUAUUAACUAUAGAUGGUCAAAAUUUAUCUGGAUUAUCUACUACUGAUGCACUUAAUCGUUUAAAAUCUGUUAUUGCAAAAGAUUUGAAUGAAUCUCCUCAUCCAUGUGUUCAUCUUUUGAUCGCUCGACCUCGGGAUGAAACUAAUUCAGAUAAUUCUUGUGCAAAUUCUAUGGAAAAUAAAAGUGAGAAUACAAUAAAUAAAAUCAUCAGUUCUAAUCAACGUAAAUCUUCCUUGGAAAUGGCAACAAAAGAAUCAUAUAAUGAUAAUAGUGAUCGUUCAAAACUACUACUGGUCUCUGCUGUAGUGCACUCAUCAGAAUCUGUUUCAAUGGCCGGGGGGAAUUCACAUGAUUCAUUUGAUCCACCUGGAAAAUACUCCUUAUCAUCUAAUCAUCAUCUUGCUGCAACCAACUUAUCACCGUCAUCAUCGUCACAACAUCUACAACCACGAAAAAAAUCUACGAAUCUACCUAAUACCUCUUACCCUCUGUAUCUAGUUCAAAAUUCUCAGUCCAAUGAAGAAAUGUCAAAAACUUUGCAUUUCAAAUCAAAUACUUGUUGUAUUGCUACUGUAAAUGUCAAUAAUUCCCAUGAAACUACUACCAAAUCUGCUUCAUCAUUAUUAUUAUUAUGUAAUACAAAGACUAUUGGAAAUAACGAUGAAAAUAUUGAUGUCAAUAUGACCAAUCAUCAUAAUGAUGCUAAUAAUUGUAAUAAUGUUACUAAUUCCCCUAUUAUUAAUAACAGCUUUCAAUAUGAUCCGAAAACAGUUAACAUUGAUUAUUGUGCAGUAAAAAAUGUUCAAAUCCCUGUAACUUCUUGCUCAACUCUUAAACAUUUAGAUUCAAUUCCUUCAUCUAAUUCAAAUGGUACGUCUGAGCAUAGCCAUCAUCAUUAUCGUCGCCGCCGUAGUCAUCAUCCCUAUCGCGUUAACGAAAAAUUCUAUCUAAAUUCAAAGUGUUGUUAUAGUAAUUUAGACCAAAGUUCAAAAAAACGUCUUUCGAAUUAUUCAUCGUCAUCAACAGAAAUAUUAUGUGAUUAUCAACAUAAUCUAUAUAAAUACCAAUCAAAUGAUAACAUUGUUAUUGAUGAUGAUCAUGACAGUGAUGAUGAUGAUGAUGAUAUGGAUCGUGAUAAGUCAUCAAUGACAUGUUAUCAAUGUUUAACAGAUGAUUCCGAUUUGAAUUAUGAUGCUACUACUCCUCUGUCUGAUCCUGAAACUGAACGUUAUAGUUAUAAAUUAGAUUUAUUCAGUGAAUUAAGUCUUUCGUCAGUCUCUGGCGAUGCUGGUGACCGGACAUUAAAUUUGAAUAUUAAGAAAAAUCCAAUAACUAAUAAAUCCACUUCACAUAAAUGUUACUAUAAUCAUGGUAAAUAUUUAAGUGAUAAAAAAUGUAAAUAUCGUGUUGUAUAUCGUCAACCGAGAAUAGAUUUUAGUCAAAUGGUACUUGUACCAUUUGAUCCAGCCUCGUGGAAUGGUCCAGUGUUAAAACCGAGAACAGCGUUGAAUUCAGAAGAACUACAACUUAUUGUCGAUAUGCCUAAUUCAUUUUCUUCUUUACAAAAUAAUAAUAACCGUGUUGAUCAACAACCUGAUAAAAAUAUAGAAAGAAGAGCGCAUAAUUCCAUUGUUGAUGUUGAUAGCAUGUAUAAUAAACAAAAUGUAAAAUCUAUCGACAAUGAAGCUGUUCGUAUGAGAAAAGCACAUCCCAAAACUGUAAUCAGUAAAUUAUUCAGUCUAGUUAAAACAACUGCUCAUCGACGUACUACUGGUGAUCAGAAUACAAUAUCAGAUUUCGAAAAUACUGCAGAAUCUCAAUUACCUACAGAUGAUAGUGUUCGAACAAUUUUUUCUAGUGAAAAUGCUAAUGCUAUAGAGAAAAGAAAUAAUUGUUUAAUAAAUUUACCAAAUCAUACAAAUACACUUCCAACUAUACAAAAUCAUUUAUAUGUAGAAAGUUCAACAAAGAAUUUACUUAAACCUCAAUCAGAUCAGUCAAUCGACUUACAACUUUAUGCGAACAACAAAAUUACUAAUUCUAAUGAAAGAUCACGUUCAUCUUGUUAUGCGACACUUCAUGAAAGACUUGAACCUCCAAUCCAUAUUUAUGAUACUGCACAUAAUAUUAAAAUAAAUAACACUAAUGAUCAAAAAUCUGAUCUGUCGAAUCCAAGUAAUGAACAAGUAACAUUACUGGAUGCGAAAUAUCCCGCUUCUUUCGCACCUCAGAUUAAUAUCACUCAAACAACUACAGAAAAUGUGGUUGUAAACCAACCUGAGGAUACCAGUUUAACACAAUUACAAACAACAAAGUAUGCUGAUCUAUCGUUUUUACCAAAUUCGUCUUUAAAUAGUCCGUUAUCAUGUAUGCCAUUAUUAUUGACAAAUAGCAAUAAUACUACCACUAAUAAUACUGACAUUGUUCAAACAACAACACUGUUUAAUAAAACAAUUAAAGAUUUAACAAGUCAACAACAGUCACAACAUCGUUCCAUCUCUUCAGCUAACCAACAUCAUCUUACUAGUUUAUCUAAAAGUACUGUGAAUCGUCUGUAUGAUAUUGAAAUCAGCUCAUGUUCAACAGCUUAUGAAUCAGUUAUGGAGAUUAAUGAUACUAUCCGGCUGACCGAGACAGAAAUGAAUAGUGUGUCUGGAAUUUACACAGUGCUGACUAAAUCUUAAAUCAUUCAGCCAUCAACCUGAUCAUUUUGUUGUAUAUAAAAAGUGGAAGUUAAUUUAAAUUUGAACAGUAAUUCCUGUUUUCUCUCAAUAGUAGAGAAUAUCUGGUUUAAAACAACUAAUAUGUUGAUAAUAAUGAAGUGUUAAAUAUCUGCUUAUUUGUCAAUCAAUUCAUAAUAUUGCGCGAUCAUCUUCCAUUGUCUUUGAAGGAUACUUUCCCUACACCCGACACAUUUUAACUCUACUGAUCACAUUUAAUCUGUUCAAAUCUCACAACAUUAAUAUACAAUUUAACUAGAAUCCUCCACAUUACAGAUAUCAUAUUCUUCACAGCCACCUAGAUGUACAUAAAUACACGUACAUAUAGUAUUUCACCUUUAACGUGAUUGAUAUGAUAACAACACAAUCAGAUUUGUUUUGAUUGUACUAAAUAUUUUUCAAUGUUUCUCUGUACUAAGCUUAUUUGGUUAUUUAUUUAUUUAAAGAAGCAAUUUAUACGAAACGUCAAAAAUUCGGUUUUCUACGAAUUGAGAUGUUAAACUAAAUCAUUAUUUUAUUAGUGCUAACACUCCAUCCAAUGCUCCAUGUAUUUGGCAUUACAUAGAUUCCUGUGGACUGCCUAUAAACACCACACAUUAAAAAUAUUGACACUUCACUUUUGGUCUAGUAAUAAAUAAUCAUAUUAGCUCCUUGGUUCAGAGGGAUUUUAAUAACGACGUAAAACAUAAAAAACUAUUUUGCUCAUCGAUUUAUGUUAAGUGAUCGUGUUAAAGAGUUAAACUUAGUGUUGUUUAUUUUCAAAUAUUUUUAUUUUAGUAUAUACCAACUUGUGAUGAUGUUACUUCCAAACAGAAAACAACCAGAGAAGUUUAUGAAGAUGCUGAAGUAUUAUAUCGACACUUAUCUGACUUGAAACAAUCGAACAAUUCUGAUAUACAAACAACAGUAAUAGAUUCAUCUAAUUAUCAUUAAUAAUUUUUUUUUCUUAAAUCUCCAUAUACAUACAGUUUGUACACAAACUAUUAAUUUUCUGGAUCGGAAAUGUGAUCCAUAUAUGUGUAUUAUCAUAAGAACAAUAUACCUUAUAAAAAUCUAUAUUCAAACAUUGUUUCCUAAUUCUUUCUACAUUCAAUUAUCUUUAUAUUCAUUGAUACUACUCUUAUUAAUAGUGCAAUUACUGUUUAUUAUUAGUAGUAUUAUUACUAUCGUGAUAAUAUUCUUUAUCAUUAUACAAGAGACAAAAGUAUAUGAUUCUGUGAUGAUAUCAAAUACUUAAUAAGAUAACUCAAUUCAACUUAAUGCUUAUAUCUUUAAUGUGACAAUGAUCAUUUAUAUGAAUUUAUUUUGUGGAAUAUAAUGAGAUUUAUACAGAAUAAAAACAAUCAUUGUUACAAAAAAAAGAAGAUUAAGGUAGGCAGGGUUCGGUAAUCAAUAUGGAUUCCUCUCAAAAUAUUCAUGUGUUAUAUGCAUUUCAUACAUUUUUUGUCCCGUUACCCUAUUAUCAUUAUUUUUCUUCUAUUAUUACUAACUUCAUGAUUAAAAAUAUUUUAGCAUUUAUUAUCUAAAUUAUGUUGAUGAUCACUAAUAUUAUUAUUGAGAAAGAAUAUUCUUUCAACUGUUUUUGUUUCUAUGCUUACUUUCUACAAACCAACCAAUCAACCACCAAGACACGUGACUGUCUACAAUGGUUGGAUAGAUUUGUUUUCCUUUUUCUCUUUUGAUAAUUUUAUUUCCAUGGCCAAAAGUGCAACUUUGAUGAUAAUAAUAAUAAAGAUUAGAACAACGAAUAAUCUUAUCUCUUAAAAAGAAAUUUACGUAUCAUUUUUGGAAAAUUCUGGAAAACAUUUUUUCUCUGUGUGGAUAAGAGGAUGAUUGAUGAUAGUGAUGUGUUAUGUUGUAUCAGAAAGUGCUGAUUCUUUUAAAUUAAAGUUACAUUCGACAAAACUGAUAAACCAUUAUAACUCGCAUUUCACUUUCCGUUAUACUUCAUGAAGUGUUUUUACUUCUAUAUCUCUUCGUUUUUGUUUUCAAUAAGAUGAUAACUUUGCAUUUACUUCACAACUAUGUUCUUUCAUAAUCAUCAUUUAUUCUGACAUACACUUAACAAUGAUGAUCUUAUUCAUACACGAUUUAGUUUACAGUUUUUCUUUUGUGUUAUUGUGCAAUUUACAAACUCAAAACGUACUUGAAAUUCAUAGAUUAAAAAUAAAGCAUUUGAUAAUUCUUUUUCAUUAGUCUGUUUACAUUUUACUGGUAAU